GCUGCUGCUCCUUGCUCAGGGCACCUCUCCAGCUCUCCAUACCCCUGUGUCUGCAGAAGCGCUCCGGGCCCUGAGCUGUCAGCACCACCGCCCUCCAGGCCUCGGACACGAUGCAGGCCAUAAAGUGUGUGGUGGUGGGAGAUGGAGCCGUGGGCAAGACGUGCCUGCUUAUCAGCUACACCACCAACGCCUUCCCGGGAGAGUACAUCCCCACCGUGUUCGACAACUAUUCAGCCAACGUGAUGGUGGACAGCAAGCCCGUGAACCUGGGGCUGUGGGACACGGCAGGGCAGGAGGACUACGACCGCCUCCGGCCGCUCUCCUACCCGCAGACGGACGUCUUCCUCAUCUGCUUCUCCCUUGUCAGCCCAGCCUCCUAUGAGAAUGUCCGGGCCAAGUGGUUCCCGGAGGUGCGGCAUCACUGCCCCAGCACGCCCAUCAUCCUGGUGGGCACCAAGCUGGACUUGCGGGACGACAAGGACACCAUCGAGAAGCUGAAGGAGAAGAAGCUGGCGCCCAUUACUUACCCGCAGGGCCUGGCGCUGGCCAAGGAGAUCGACUCAGUGAAAUACCUGGAGUGCUCAGCCCUCACCCAGAGAGGCCUGAAAACCGUUUUUGACGAGGCGAUCCGGGCUGUCCUGUGCCCCCAGCCCACGCGGCCACAGAAGCGGCCCUGCAGCAUCCUCUAGGGGACACACCCAGCCCUCCCAGCCAGAUGGUUCUGACCCUCCAGGGCCCCCACCCAAAGCCCCAGGACAUCCCCGCUGGCCAUGCUGCCCCCUUCCUGUGGCGUUUCUUAGCAAGAUGGCUGCAGAGCUUGGCUCAUCAUCUUCUCUGUGCUGGAGUCCCCCCCGGGGAAGAGUGUGAAUUUGUAGGUGCUGCGUCCCCAUCCCCUCAUGCUCCUGCCUUCCCAGGGGCCAGAGGGGAGCCCCAGGACCGAUAAGCCACCCCUGUGUUGCUGUGGUCAGAUGCCCCACGUGGCACCAUCUACCUGUUUACUCCUCCCUCCCAAAGCCUGAAUCCCCUCUGGAAACUUCGGGCCAGAUGGUUGCCGGCCACCACUUAUAUACCUUCAGGGACGGGUCUCUUGCUCUCCCGUGAGGCAGUCUACUCCAAUACUGAUGGUCUUGCUUGUCUGAGGUUCUCUUACUGAAGCUAAAUUAAGUGUCUGAGAAGUUUGCUCUUCUGGUCUUAGUGCUCCUUUUGGGGACAACACAAAACAUUCAGAUUUUCUAAAUCUCUGUGGGCACCUGCCCAGCCAAUCAAAAGGCUGGGUCCUGCUGACUCCUGCCACCUCUCAAGUCUUUCUGCUCCACUCACAGGAUCCUGAGCUGCAUUUACCUGUGACAGUCUUAAAACUUGCAGACCCUGCCAGUCGGGAUUUCUGUCAUUGCAACUAGGAACCCAAUUCAACCUGCUUAAACAGAAAAUAAAUUUACUGAUUCAAGUUUGGAAAUAUCAUGACUUCAGGUGCAGCUUGAUCAAGGGGACUCAAAUGAUGUCAUCAGAGCUCACUUUCCUGUACCUUCUGAUGUCUGAUUCAUUCUUAGGCAGGUGACUCUCAAGGGCUUCAUCCUUCCCGUUUCAAGUUCAGCAAAAAAGAGCAAGUGUCUGCCCCCGGCAAAGUUCUAAUUAAGGUUUACUCUGAUUGGACCAGCUCAGGUCUUUUCAACCAAUCACAUUUGUCAGGAGAA